GGGGUACACCCUGAACUGGUUGCCAGCCAAUCGCAGGGCACAUAGGAACAAACAACCAUUCGCAGUCACAGUGAUGCCUACGGGCAAUUUAGAGUCUCCAAUUCAUGCAUGUUUUUGGGAUGUGGGAGGAAACCGGAGUGCCCGGAGAAAACCCACGCAGGCACGGGGAGAACAUGCAAACUCCACACAGGCAGGGCCGGGGAUUGAACCCCGGUCCUCAGAACUGUGAGGCAGACGCUCUAAGUCGGCCACCAUGCCACCUAAAAAUAAAUAGUUAUGGCUAAAAAAAAAAAAAAAACAUGCCAAUGCUUUUAGCCUUGACUGUAUUGUCUGUUAUAUUUUGUCUAAAAAAAUAAUAAUAGUCCUGUCAUUAUUCUGGCAUUUAGCAAAUAGAAAUAACUUUGCUAAUACUAAUUGAUCUAAAACAGGAAAAGUUUAUAGUCUGAUUUCAUGUCACAGUCAGGGGAAAAAUAGCUUGUCUUUUUAUACAGUCAAUGACUAUCUGCUGUUCCUGCCAUUUGUGUAUGAAUAUUAAUUAUUUGAAGGUAUACGUAGCCCUCCUGUGAUCAAAUGCUAUUAUUUGAUAACUCAUCAAUUGAGUUUUCCAUUGAGUGUUAGCAUUAAGCUGGCGAUUUCGAAAACGAUGUCUUGUAUUUAGAUAUAAAUUGGGUGGCCGACUGGUUAGCACAUCUGCCUCACAGUUCUGAGGGCCGGGUUUCAAAUCCCGGCCUCGCCUGUGUGGAGUUUGCAUGUUCUCCCCGUACAUGCGUGGGUUUUUUCUGUCUUUCUUUUGGUAGAUUGCUUGAAGAUUCUAAAUUGCCCAUAGAUGUGAAUGAGUGCGCAUUGUUGUUUGUUUAUAUGUCCCCUGCGAUUGGCUGGCGACCAGUUCAGGGUGUACCCCGCCUGUCGCCCGAAGAUAGGUGGGAUAGGCUCCAGCACGCCCGCAACCCGCGUGAGAAGAAGCAGUACAGAAAAUGGAUGGAUGGGGGCAAUUAUUUUUGCUGUGCGCUUAGUUUUACAGUAAACUAAACUGGGGUGUUAUUAAAUAGCUAGAAGCACCCUCAAAUUUGGAUUAAUUGUGUAACCCUCCACUACACAGCACACAUUCUCUACAGGUUGCAAAUACGAGCCGCGGGUGACCGGCAAUGAAAGGCAAAUAAUAAAUGACUGUUGAUCACGUGUUUUCCACGAAAAUCGUCUGAUCGAUCGGAGCAUCACUACUGGGUACACCUUUGAUUGGUCACCAGCCAAUCGCUAGAUACAUGUGGGCAAACAAGCAUUCACACUUACAAACAAUUUAUUCUUUAAUGAAGUCAGUAACUCUAAUCCCAGAGUCGGUCAGCCCAAAUACCCGUGAAAGGGCUCUCGGGUUGUGUGAAACUGGCAUUGUUAUGCCAAAAAUGUCACAUUUCUCCUUAUUUUCUGAAGAUAUUUUCAUGAGUUACCCUACUGUUUGAAAUAUUUUAGUAAAAAACAAGAGUAUGGUUUUCUGUUUGCAUUAUAACAUUGCAUUAGUAUAGUUUUUGCAUAGAAUGUACCAAAAAUAAAUAAAUUGUGAAAUUUGCCAAGUUUUAUUUUGAAGUCCUCACGUCGAGUUGAUUCCCUGUCCGGGCGUGGGAUGUGUUGGUGAAACUGGCGAAGCGGCAGCGAACUAGCUAAAGAUUUUGUUAGUGAGAGGGUCUGCAAUAAAUCCUAUGUAAAAAUGUCUGAGAGUUUGGUGUUUCAUUCCCAAACUAAACUCAUUCUGGAGACGGUUAUAAAGUGUGCGCUGGAUUUAAUGGCCGGAUUUGCCAACGAGAACCAGUCCACGGAGGCAGGAUUUAACAAAAUGGUAGAGCUGCUGGCUCAGGAGGCAAGUAGAAAGAUCAACAGUGUUUUCUUGCAGCUGUCUGAUGCCACAAAUAAGGAAAAGCUAACACUGCGGGACAAAGUGAGCAAGCUAGAGAGCCGGCUGACGGCGGUGACGGAAGACUUGGACGGCAUCAAAAUCUGGAGGGAAAACGUGAUGAGCGGAUGCCCUGUGCUUAAUGAGCAGACGGGAUGGGUCCUCACACUGAAGCCUUUCGGGAUGUUGGUGAAAUCGGCUGAUGAGUCGACGAAAGAAGAUGGCAAUUUCGUGACACCUGCCGGUGGCAGACACAUUAAAGAGUUUACGUUGGAGGAGGCGAAUUGUGGAGAUGUGUCAUCAGCUUGGAAACAAGACAUCGCAGAGGAUGACAAGAUGACGCCGUCCUCAGACUCUCAGAAUCCUUUGCCAGCUGAAGUCAGUAAGGUGUUUGAAUGUGACGUGUGCAAGAAGCGCUUCAGCCGACAGCUCCACCUCAGGAGGCACUUGGACACUCACAAGGAGUCCCUGAGCUGCCACCAAUGUUCCAGGACCUUCCGCAGCAGCGCCAUGCUGGAGCGCCACCUGUUGCGUCACAACGAGAAAACCCCUCAGUCCUUCGCGUGUCCGCUCUGUGACCAGACCUUCAAGAGCAAAAAACUGCUCAAGUCGCACGAGUCGGUGCACGGCGAUGACGUGCGGCCCUUCGCUUGUGACCAGUUUUUGCAGGGUAAGGCGUUCACCUGCGAGACAUGUGGCGCCGGCUUCACGCUGCGGCAGAACCUCAAGCGGCACAACCGCAUCCACACGGGCGAGCGGCCAUUCAAGUGCCACGUGUGCGGCGCCAGCUUCAUCCAGGACAAGCUGAAGGCUCACAUGCUGAUCCACGGCGCCUCCAAGUCCUUCAUGUGCGACUUGUGCGGCAAGACCUUCCUGUACAACUGCCAGCUAAAGAAGCACCAGAAGUUGCUGCACCAGGACGGCACUGAGGCGGGCACCCAGGCGGGGAGGCGGAGGGCCCGGGUGCGGGGGAACCGCACCAUCAUCUUCAAACGUGACAGGGUCGCGGGCGUUCUGGAGCCCAUCCCAGCUAUCUUCAGGCGAGAGGCGGGGUAUACCCUGAACUGGUCGGCAGCCAAUCGCAGGGCACAUAGAAACAAACAACCAUUUGUACUCACAUUCACACCUACGGGCAAUUUAGAGUCUUCAAUUAACCUAUCACACAUGUUUUUGGCAUGUGGGAAGAAACCGGAGAACCCGGAGAAAACCCACGAAGGCACCUGGAGAACAUGCAAACUCCACAAAGGCGCGGCCAGGGUUUGAAUAAAUUAGAUUUGAAUCCCGGUCCUCAGAAAUGUGAGGCAGAUGUGCUAACCAGUCGUCCACCGUGCCGCCUUUUUCCAAUGUAUUCAUCAAAUUUGAGUGAAGUAUGAAAAAAGGGAGCAAUUAAAGUAUCGUAAUUUCCUUGCAUGUGGGCAAGGAGACCCACGGUGACCAAUGCGCUUUCAGCUGUUUAUUGAAUGGGUGAAACAGUCCAACACACACACAAAAUGAGAACACACGUAAGGACCUGCUGUUGGCUGCUACUCACUCCCAGACACUCACACACACCCAACCAACGAAGCCAAUCCAAUUCCAUCUUCUGAUGUCACUCACUGGGCCACGCCCCUCAAAGACAGACAUUCAACACACAAAUCGAAUAUUACACUAUGUGAAGAAAUUACACUUAAUGAAAGCUCUUCCUUUUUUUUUUUUACAUUUUAUUUUUUUAUACAACACAGUGCUCUUCUUUUGGUUUUAAUUUUGGAGAUGGGAUGCAGCUGCUGCUCAAUGCAGGAUUUUGGACCUCAGAGUACCCCAAAAUCUGAACUACUGUAUCUGUCUCAUCACCUGUAAUCUAAGAAAACACUGCUAUUUGUGGGUGAUAGGGACUGAGCCCUGCCGCAAAUAGCAAAGAUCUGUGACUACCUGACCAAUCCCCACCCCGUCACCUCUAGGUUUUGGGUUUUGUUUGCUUAUAGAUGCCAUAAAAUGGCAGUGAAACACUUUUAAAAGGAAGAACACCCACUGGUAUUCUGUUUGGAUUGAUGAAUUUACUGUGAUCUGUAACAACACAAAGAAUAAUCAGCAAAGUAUCAACACUAUGCAUCUAGCAUGUACACAAUCAUGAACUAAUGUUGCAUAAACAACUGUAUUCAGUACUUAAAUUAUUGACAAAAAGCACCUAUUAGUAAGGACGAAAAACAAUACAAUGACUUGCAAAUCCUUUUCAACUGAUAUUCAAUUGAAAACACUACAAAGAUAAGAUAUUUAAUGUUCAAACAUAUCAUUUUUUUUUUACAAAUAUUCAUUCAUUUUUAAUUUAUUGCUUAUAACACAUUCCAAAAAGCUAGGGCAGAUGCAUGUUACCACUGUUUUAAGUCACCUUUCCUUUUACCAACACUCAAUAGGCGUUUGGGGACUAAGGUCACACAUUUUUGAAGCCUUGUCGUGGAAUUCUUUCCCAUUCUUGCUUGAUGUACAACUUCAGUUGCUCAACAGUCAGACAUCAAUGUUGUCAUAUUUUGCACAUCAUAAUGUGUCCCACAUUUUCAAUGGAAGACAGGUCUGGACUGGAGGGUGACACGGGAGUGGAUUUUGACUCCCGCUCCCACACACUCCCACAGAUUGAUCCCAUUCACUCUCAUUCCCAAGCCAAAACUUUACAGAAUCUUGCGAAAACCAUGGUUUCUACUGCCGUCAUGGUUUCCACUCCUGGUAAUUUUGUCAUAGUUCCCGAUCCCGUGCGCGCCAGGUGACUUUUGUUCCCGCUCCUGGGGACGUUCACACCCGCUCAUGUCCACUCCUGUGAUAAAUAGUGAAAUUCACUCCCAUCCCGUGGGGAUCCCGCGAGACCCACAGGACCUGGUGGGAAUCACGAAAAAUGUCAGCCUCUAGUCUGGGCUGCUGGCAGUCUAGUACUUACACUCUUUUACUAUGAAGCCACACUGUUGUAAAACAGUGCAGAAUUUGGUUUGGCAUUGUCAUGCUGAAAUAAGCAGCGACGUCCCUGAAAAAGAUGUUGCUUGAAUGGCAGCACAUGUUGCUCCAAAAGCUGUAUCUACCUUUCAGGAUUAUUGGUGCCAUGGGCACUAACACAGCCCCAUACCAUCACAGAUGCUGACUUUUGAACUUUGCGCUGGUAACAAUCGGAAUGGUCCUUUUCCUCGUUGGCCCUGAGGACAUGACAUCCAUGAGUUCCAAAAAACAAUUUGCAAUGUGGACGUGUCAGACCACCAAACACUUUCCCACUUUGCGUCAGUCCAUCUCAGAUGAGCCCUGGCCCAGAGAAGCCAGCAUUCUUGGGUGUGUUUGAUAUUUAGCUUUCACUUAGUUUUAACUUGUAUUUGUAGAUGUAGUGACAAACUGUUAACUGACAAUGGUUUUCUGAAGUGUUCCUGAGCCCAUGUGUCAAUAUUCAUCACACAACGAUGCCGGUUUAAUUGUAGUGCCGCCUGAGGCAUCGAAGGUCGCGGACAUUCAAUGUUGGUUUUAGGCCUUGCCACUUGCGUGCAGAUUUCUCCAGAAUCUCGGAAUCUUUUGAUUAUAUUAUGGACCAUAGAUGAUGAAAUCCCUAAAUUCCUUUCUAUCCUACAUUGAGAAAUGUUCUUAAACUGAUGGACUGUUUACUCACGCAAUGAUUAACAAAGUUGUGAACCUCGCCCUAUCCUUGUUUGUGAACUGAGCCUUUCAAGGAUGUUCCUUUAAUACCCAAUCAUGACACUCACCUGUUUCUGACUAACCUGUUCACCUGUGGAAUGUUCCAAGCAGGUGUUUUUGAGCAUUUCUCAACUUUCCCAGUCUUUUGUGGCCCGUGUCUUGGCUUUUUUGGGAACGUGUUGCAGAGAUCAGAUUCAAAAUGAGAGAAUGUUUGUCAAAGAAACUGUAACAUUCAUCACGUUGAACAUUAAAUAUCUUGUCUUUA